AUGAUCAAAUUGAUUGGAUGGGCGGGGCUGUGGUUCUUGAACCGGAGGCUUUACAAAGAGUACGAAGAGAAACGGGCAUUGGUUCAGAUCAUUUUCAGUGUCGUUUUUGCCUUUUCUUGCAACCUCCAGCUCGUGCUCUUCGAGAUUAUUCCUAUUCUCUCCAAAGAGGCAAGAUGGAUGAAUUGGAAGGUGGAUUUGUUUUGUCUGAUUAUGCUACUGGUCUUCAUGUUGCCUUACUAUCAUUGCUACUUGAUGCUUUGCAACAGCGGUGUUAGAAAAGAAAGUGCUGCACUUGGUGCUGUUUUAUUCUUGUUGGCUUUUCUCUAUGGUUUUUGGCGCAUGGGGAUCCAUUUUCCAAUGCCUUCUCCAGAUAAAGGAUUUUUCACGAUACCUCAGUUGGUGAGCAGAAUUGGGGUCAUUGGUGUGACUGUCAUGGCUGUCCUAUCUGACUUUGGAGCAGUGAAUUUACCAUACAGCUACCUAUCUCUCUUCAUUCGAGAAAUCGAGGAAUCAGAAAUCAAGGCACUGGAAAGACAGCUAAUGCAGUCCAUUGAGAAUUGCAUUGCAAAGAAAAACAAGAUAAUUCUAUACAAAUGGAGAUGGAGCUAA